GUCCAAUCUUACCUCUGAAGGUAUUCACAGAUCUUUCCUUUAAAUUUGUUAAAGCGUUCAGAAAUUCGUGAAAGAACAACGAUUGAUUGAUUGUUCUUAGAUCUGAUCAAUUGGGUAUUCGUGAUCGAAGGUUAACUCGUUUAGUUGGGUGUUUUCAUCUGCAAAGAGAGAUAAAGAUGAGUGACAAUUUGUUGGAAAAAGUUAGCUCCUUUAGUGAGAAGUUGAUGAUCGGUGGAGCAGAGGUUAGUCGUAAAAUGACUGCUGGUAUGAGUUCCAUGAGUGAUAAGGUGAAGGAGCUCUUUCAGGGUCCUAAUCAAACUGAUAAGCUUGUGGAGGAAGCUACAGCAGAGACAUUAGAUGAGCCAGAUUGGGCUACAAAUCUCGAACUUUGUGACAUGGUUAAUCUGGAUAAGAUCAAUAGUGUGGAAUUGAUUCGUGGAUUGAAGAAACGGAUAAUGUUGAAGAAUCCCAGGGUUCAGUUCUUGGCUUUGGUAUUGCUUGAAACAGUUGUUAAGAAUUGUGAGAAGGCUUUCUCUGAAGUUGCGGCUGAGAGGGUUCUUGAUGAGAUGGUGAAGUUGAUUGAUGAUCCUCAGACUGUGAUCAAUAGCAGGAACAAAGCCCUUAUUUUGAUUGAAGCUUGGGGAGAAUCUACUGAUGAACUUCGAUACUUGCCUGUUUUUGAGGAAACUUACAAGAGUUUGAAAUCAAGGGGUAUACGUUUCCCUGGUCGAGAUAAUGAAAGUUUGGCUCCUAUAUUCACUCCCACCCCUUCAAUCAUCACAUCUUCUGAAACGAGUGAUAAUUUAGCCCAACAUAUAUCUAGAGAUAUUUUGCCACCUGUCACUUUCUCAGUUGAGCAAGUACAGGAAGAAUUAGAGGUGGCACGUAAUAGUGCCGAGCUUCUCGCAACAGUUCUCUCCUCUUCGCCUGGCGAAGAUGCUUCAGAGGAUGAGGCAACACUGGCACUUGUUCAGCAGUGCCAUCGAUCACAAUUCACUGUCCAGAGAAUGAUCGAGACAGCAGGGGAAAACGAGGCUCUGAUGUUUGAAGCCUUGAAUGUUAACGAUGAAUUGCAGAAAAUCCUCUCCAAGUAUGAAGAUUUGAAGAAACCCGACAUAGUUCGACAGGGGCUUGAACCUGCAAUGAUACCAGUUGCAGUUGAGCCCGAAGAUUCUCUGCAAUGGAAAGAAGACGAUACUACCCUUGUGAGAAAACCGUCUGGUUCUAGAGCAGCCGGAGUUAAUAAUAAUAAUGAUGAGAUGAUGGAUGAUCUUGAUGAGAUGAUCUUUGGUAAGAAGGCGGGUAACAAUUCUGAAGGAGCCGAUGAUGCAAAGAAGAACGAUCUCAUCUCAUUUUGAAUGGUGUUGUGAAUCUUCUUCCUUUCAAUCAUGCAAAUAUAGUAAGCCUUUUCAGACUUCACAUAUGAAUUAAUUUUAUGAUUUGAAUUUAUAAUCGGUUUGCUUCCAUUGUACUUGUUAUGUGACAUUGACUUGCACUUGCUGGAGAAACUCAACAUCAUAUGAUUUUUUAAGCAAAUUAAUUGAAUGCAUUAUUAUUG